CAUUUGCAAGUUUUUCAAAAGAAAAAAAUACAUUAUAGACGAACGAAAUACCUGGAGCCGUUAAAUUAAAUUAAUUGCCCGACAAAGAGUUCAAGCUAGUUUGGUUCCUUAUACAUUAUAAAUUCAAUCAAUAGAGUGGAAAUGGGAGAAGAUGAGAGAAUUUCAAGAAGAGCAGUGGUGUUAAAUUUUCCAGCAAACGAUGACGAAACGACAUCGUCUUCUUCUCUUUCCCCUCCGUUAAAGGCGCCUCCACGAAGAUUGCGACGGCAUCUUCUACUUGCCGAGGCUAAAACCCCUCUCUCAGCCCAACAUAUUGAGGCUAAGCUCAAAGAGGCGGAUCUCCGUCGCCAGGCUAAGAGAGAAAAGGAAGAGGAUUUCAGACAGAGAAGAAGCGAGGUCAGCCACCUCCAUGUUGAUUCAAAAUUGAUUAAUGAGCAACCGCGGCUUUCCAGAAUGUUACCACGGUACGGGAGGCGCUUUGUGGAAAUGAAGAAAACUACCAUCUCUUUGGCAAGAGCUUACUUAUCUUUAGAGAUCAAUGAAGAAUCUGUUAAAUCAAUGUCAUUUGAGCAGCUUGCUACAUGUAUAGAGUCCUCAAUGACCGUCAAGACUGUGGGAGCUUUGGUCAAACGUCUGGAAUCUUGCCUCAGACUAUCAGAAACAAUUGGGGGUAGUCAAUACAUUCCACAGAACAUUGAUCACCUUCUUAGGAAUACUAUUGAAAGAGGAGCAAGAACAGUGAAGCCUAUUGAAGAGGAAGCACAAACAUCUGUAAAUAUUUCAAGGUAUCCCGUCAAAGUAUUAUUAUGUGCUUAUAUGAUAUUAGGACACCCAAAUGUAGUUCUUAAUGGACAGAGUAGGCACGAGAAUACUCUUACUGAAUCUGCAGGUAAUAUGGUCCGAGAGUUUGAGCUUUUGGUCAAAACUGUAACCCAUGGCCCCAUUAAAACUUCAGAAGAGGCAAUAACUUCUUCGUUUCAAAACCAAAAGACUUUCAGAUCUCAGCUGGAAGCUUAUGAUAAAGCAUGGUGCCCUUACCUGCAUCAGUUUGUAGUGUGGAAGUUAAAGGAUGCUAAACUGUUAGAGGAUGAUUUGAUAAGAGCUUCCUGCCAGCUUGAACUCUCUAUGAUGAAAACUUGCAAGCUGACUUUAGGGGAUGAUGGAGGUCGUUUUCAUUAUAAGGAGGCUAUCAAGAAGCAGGGUCUCGAUGAGCAAAAUCUUCUGAGGGAAAAUGUGCAGCAUAUUAGUGGUAGUGCUGGUCUUGAACAUCUAGAACAUGCACUUGCUGAAGUUCGGUCUAAAUUUAUUGAAGGCAAGGAAUCUGGGAGUCCAUCAGAAUAUUCUACAAAUUCUUCUGCUUCUGGUCUAACUGGUCCAUUGAAGGGACCAGCAAUUCCCAUAUCCAUGGAACCAAUUAUUGUAACUGAAGGCUGCCAAGCUUCUGGUAGCACCAUAAACUCAUCUGAUCAUUCUUUGUCAAGCAGAGAAAAUGGUCCUUCUCCGAGAAGUAUCACCAAUAGCAAUCAGAGCUCUGAUUCGACUUUGCGUAUUGAGAAUGAAUUACUGGUAAACGAAAUUAUCCAUGAACAUCAUCACCGAGUCACAGAUAAUCUUAAUGCUGUGGAUAGAGAUCAGAACACUGUUAAGGAAAAAGUCAGAGAGACAAUGGAAAAUGCAUUUUGGAAUGGUGUUAUGGAAUCCAUUAAACAAGACAAGCCUGAUUUUAGCUGGAUUCUUAAACUCAUGAAGGAAGUUAGGGAUGACUUAUGUGAGAUGUCUCCUCAGAGUUGGAGACAGGAGAUUGUUGAGACUGUUGAUGUAGAUGGGCUUUCACAGGUGUUGAAAUCAGGCAUUAUAAAUAUGGAUUAUCUUAGAAAGAGUUUAGAGUUUGCAUUGGUCACUAUAGAAAAACUCUCUGCUCCAGCAAAUGAUGAGGAGAUAAAAAGCUCCCAUAAUAAAUUACUAAGAGAACUAGAAGAGACAUCUGAAGCUGGAGAUAAAUCAAGCUCCUCAUUUUCCCUUUUAAUGAUUAAAGGUUUACGCAAUGUCCUACGGGAGAUUCAGGAUCUUAAGAAAGAAAUCAGUAAAGCUCAUUUGAAAUUUGUGGAGCCAAUUAUCAAGGGAUCUGCUGGUCUGGAAUAUCUAAAAAGAGCUUUCUGCGAUAGAUACGGGCCACCUGCUGAUGCUUCACCUUCUCUAAUAUUAACGAAGCAAUUGCUUUCCGCAAUUCUUCCGACUGCAGAGCAGGAGUGGAAUGAGUACAAGGAUUCUCUAUUGGGUCUUGCAAGUGACACUGGGUCUACCCAAGUGAUACCAAAAACGCUUCGAACCGGUGGCACCAUUACAGUAGCAUUAAAAGCUGUAUCUUCAGAUACAGGUUGUGAUCAACCAGAAUGCAAGGGAGAAAGGAUGGAUAUGUUUGUGAGGCUCAUCCUGUUAAAACUCGUGAGUGGGAUGCAAGGGCUGACUUCGGAAGCUCUGCCUGAAACAGUUAAACUCAAUCUUUCCAAGCUCAGAGUUGUCCAAUCACAAUUUCAGAAAAUUAUAGUUAUCUCUACCAGCAUGUUGAUCCUCCGACAGAUGUUUGUGACUGAGAAGUUAGUGACCAACUUUCUGGACGUGGAAAAAACUAUAUCCGAGUGCACCAAGCAACUAUCUGAGCUGUUGGACCAUGUCAAUGAUGCAGGAAUAUCAGAAAUAGUUACCGUAGUAAGUGGGGCAUUAAAAGGUGGUAGUUCUAUGAUUGAUACUGAUAAUCACCAAGCGAAGCAAAAGAUUAUCAAAAGCAUGUUACAGAAGAGCUUGCAGGCUGAGGAUGCAAUAUUUGCACACGUGUCCCAUUGUGCUUAUCUAGCUCUGAGAUGCGCGGUUCUCGGAGGGAGUGGGUAUAAAGGAAGGCAGCUGGUGGUGACAGCUCUUCAGCGGAUCGGAGCAGCAGUUGUUGCAGAUAGUGUAAUGGAAGCUGCUGAAAUUCUAAUUGUGAUGGCAACUGUUUCAUGCAGUGUUCAUGGAGCAUGGUACGAAGAACUGCUCAAGUCUAUGUAAUUUGUUGAGACUGUAAAUUUCUGUAACAUAUGUAUUUGAAAUUCUUUGAGUCACGGGUAAUAUCACAGAGCAGUUUGAUUGAAAUUAAAGAGUGUUGUAAUUUUUAUUUUUAUUUUGAAUCAUGUUGUAAAUUUAUUUUGUUGAAUGAAUAUUAAUAUGUUUUUGGUUGCGCGUACAGAACAA